GUAUGCCUUGCUACGGGGCCCAGACAAGAUAAUGGCGUUUUCUACGAAAUUCGCACAUAUGAUGUUAAGCCAGCGAAGAUGAAGGAGUUUUUGGAAGCGAUAGACAAGUACUUGCACAUUCGCACGGCUCACUCGGAGCUGGUGGGAUUCUGGUACUCAGAGCUGGGAGCCAUGAACAAGGUGUUUCACAUUUGGAAGUACGAUAAUUUUGCCCACAGAACAGCAGUCCGGCAUGCACUAGCAAAUGACAAAGAAUGGCAGGGAAAAUUAAUCUCUGUGAUUCUCCCCUUAGUAGAGAAGCAGCACAAUGAGGUUGCUUAUCUGGUGCCCUGGUGUCAACUUGGGAAGCCUCCAAAGGAAGGGGGUGUAUAUGAAUGGGUUACUUUCCAGAUGAAGCCUGGUGGGCCAGCAUUGUGGGGUGAAGCAUUUCGAGCUGCAAUCAAUGCUCACAUCAACACAGGAUAUACCAGGCUGAUUGGUGUUUUCCACACAGAAUAUGGAUUACUUAACACAGUCCAUGUGUUGUGGUGGAACGAGAGCCCAGAUCACCGAGCAGCAGGAAGACACAGUGCCCAUGAAGAUGCUAGAGUUGUAGCAGCUGUGCGCGACAGUGUCAGAUUCUUGGAGUCCCAGCAAAAUGUGCUUGUGAUUCCUCUGCCAUGCUCACCGCUGAAGUAACCUUCUUCUAAAGGAUGUAACUGAUGACAGAACAGACAAGAUGGAAGUGCUGUCAGCAAGUGACAUGGAUCCCCAUAUCCUCAUCAGCUGAGCUAUUCUUUUGUUGGCAAAAAAAUAGAUGCAAAAUGCUUAUCCACUAGCAAUGUAAAUCAGCACUCUUGAUCCCAAUCAUUAAACAAGAAGUUGAUGAUGAUGUUCCUACAUCUCCAGGACAAAGAACUUGAGCCAUAUCAUGAUACAAACCAUGCCUCACCAAUCUUCUAUUUUAAUCCCUAAGUUCUUAAUAAUUUUUGCAUACCUAGAUCACUUAUCAAACGGAAUAAGUGAAGUGCUUUUGUCCAGCAUUCCAGCCAGGGAUGGUAUCAUUUUUAUAACACACUUUGAUGCCUCUUAUAAUUAUCACAUCUAAGUUAUUCCACACAGUUUAAGAUGAUGCCUAAAGAGGCUACCUGGAACAGAGGCUGGACAGUGUUAAAGGAAUAAAGUAUGUAUUUACUAAAAGGCCUUCAAAGGAUACACCUUGGGCAGUACCAGAGCCUAGCCGUGGCUCCACCCAAGAUGGACAACUGGUCAUGAGUUUUCACCCUUUUAUAAGUUUUGGUUUAUUUACAUAUUGGGGUUAAUUGUCCAAUUACAGCUUCAGGUUAUCAAGUCCCUCUCCUCAAUCCGCUAUUUCCACUUUUUGGGCCUGAAACUGUAAUGGUGCCCUUGGUUCUCAGCUGUCUAACUAAACUGUGAAGAGAACUUGCUAACACUUUA